AUGCUGGCCCCCCGCAACACAACCGACGACGACGCAGCCACAGCCGCAGCCGACCACGAACGGGGCCUGCUCACCCUCCUGGUCUCCUUCACGGUCGUCCUGGUGGUUACCCUAUUCACAGCCGCCAUCGUCUGCUGCUGCUGCCAGGGGAGCAACAAGAAGAAGAAGAAAGAGGACAGCAAGGCCCCCGCCGGCGGCAACGGCCAGGACAUCGAGCUGCAGCCGCGGCCGCACCACCAGGAGGAGGAGGAGGAGGAGGAGCGGCCCCGUGCCCCGCGCCCUGUCGUCCUCCCGCCGCGCCGCGUGCCGGACCCCGAGCCGAGGCCCGCGCCACGGCCUGCAGCUGAUGCCUCGAGGUCAAAGGGCGGCGGGCCUGCUGCUGUUGCUGAUCCGGGGGGUGGGGGUGACUCGGCCGGGGGAUACAUCAAGGAUAACCGGACGAUACUGGUGUGUUGA